GGCUGCCCUUGUUCCUCCACCCACUUGUACCGUGAGCCCUCUAUAGCUUGCUUUUGUGACUCAGCGUGGCCAUAUCCAGGUGAGGUGAAAGCGAGGUCUCUAUGAAGCAGCCCCAAAGUCUCCCUCCAACAAAAACCCACCCUUUCCCCCAAUCCUUGGCUUGUCUAUCAAGUCCUUGACUUCCAAAGGACUCCACUCCCUAUCAGGGACCAGAGCAGGGAAAAGAGCCCAUAAAGCUAACAGUGGCCACUGCAUGGACUCAGCCAGAGCAGGGUCCACAGGGAAAGCAACCAGACCAUACAAGGCUUGGGUGGGAGUAGGAGGAAAGCAGGGACAAGGACUCUAAGAUUGGUCCAGAGGAAUCCAAACAGCCAGUGGAAGCAGGCUGGAGUCGUGAUGUAGAGAAAGGGGCUGCUAGUGUAGGAGACAGGGAAGGAAAGGCAUGCCACAGGCACCAAGGUAGUGAAGCCAUGAACUGUCCACAUUGCCUCCCCCAUCCUGUGGCUUCCUCUGGACUCUGGAUCGGUCAAGGCCAGACAUCUCCUGGAGGGGGAGCUGUGGUACUCUCUUUCUCCCUGCAGGGUCAGGUUAUUGAUGACCCUGCUCCUACUUCACAGACAUCAAAGGAAGGCCAGGAAAAGUGGGUUUGUCUGGUGUCAGCCUACAGGGGACACUGAAUGACCAGUGCCCACCUCACUGUUGCUCUCCUUUUCUGCAGUGGUCAAGUGCAUCCAGUCCGGGCUUCACUGGGGACUUUCUGAUCACAUAACUCCUCCUUGAGCUAGGGAUCAGUCCUUUGGAACUCCAAAGCCCUAUAGACUAAUGGUCGCUGGAACAUCUACCUUGCUUAGCCUGUCAGGUCCCUCUGAUCACAUGGCUGAAGAAAAAGCAGCUUCUUUGAGUCCUUCAGUUGACAAAAGAUGGAGACUCAUGGGACCUAAGCAGAUUCAGGCAGGACUGCUCAAGAAAGCAAGCCUCCUGGACUCUGGAGCUGCUGCAGGGAAGGGUGGCCAAGAUCGGGCCCAUUCUGAACUGAGCCUAUCAACAGCACUGGACAAGGCUGGAAUGGACAGGCCUCUGGACUACAAGGCCUGCACAGAGCAGAGGCAGGGUUCCUUCACAGAGCUGUCCAGUCUCCAGGAGAGCUCAGGCAACAUGCAAGCCCUGAAGAGGAAGCCAGAGGACCCAGAAGGCCAGCUUGGCACUCAGCCCCUACCCCAGGAUCUCCCCGGAGCCUCGGUCGAUGGCACAGAGUGCUCAAUAUGGCCGGGUGCGGCCCGGAGUGGGAAGAGAAGCGCUUUCAGGAGGCCAGCCUCGCGUCCCGUGGAGAAACCCACAUGCUCCCCCGCGUUUCCGGACAGUGGAAACGCAGAGGGCCCAUGGGAGCUCUCUGGACUCAUCACUACGGUGGAUAUCCCAUGUUGGGCUCAGCUGUCAGCUUUCAAGCUCACGGGAGAUUUCUGGAGAUUGCACAUGCUGUCCCAGAACAUUCUAUUCUGCAAUGCUUUCCACGGGGCUCCCACACCAUGGCUGGAUCACUCCCAGGUGCAAGCUUCCAUAUCUUCGACACCUUCCGCCACAGCCUGCCGGGUUCUCUUGCCACCCACACUCUCGUCCCCAGGCUUGCCCACUCAGAACUGGUGUGCAAAGUGUAACCUCGCCUUCCGUCUGACGGCUGACCUGGUCCUCCACAUGCGGUCCCACCACAAAAGGGAGCAUGGAGGCCCUGACCCACAUUCGAAGAAACGCAGAGAGGAAGUUCUCACUUGCCCCAUUUGCCAUGAGUACUUCCGGGAGCGCCACCAUCUUUCCAGACAUAUGACGUCACACAGUUAGUGGAUGGCUAAGGAGAAGCCCGAUGGCCAUAGUAUCCAGUGCUCAGUGGUGAGGCACGGGCGACUCCUGGCCUGCAUUGAGUAGGUGGUCACAGGUGUCUUCAAGGUUGUUUCCUUUGCUUCCCAGAGGUGAAUGGCUCAGUUAUAACUUGUCAGAUGUCCCCCGGCUUUUGUGAUGUGUUUUCCUGGAAAGCCAUUCAUUGAAAUGGUGAGCUUCGCUCAUGGGGUUAGGGAAUAAGGGGACCCAUGACCUGGGGUGCAGGGCUGUUCCUGGCUCUGCUCCCAUUGCUCUGCCUGGAGCACAUGGACACAACAUCUUGGCUUUUCUGACCAGCAAGCCUGAAUUCAGUCUGGGCUCUUUCACUGCUGAGCUGUGGACUUGGAUCUGUUCCUUUAACUUGCCGACCCUCAGUUCUCUUGUUUUAAAGUGGCGCAUUAACAGAAUGUCAUCUGUCUUGAGGAAGGUGUCUGGGAAGUGACCAGCUCGUUUCUUGGUAGGUUGCGAGCACUGAGCACAUGGGGCUCAUGGUCACUGCGUGCGCUGGUCAGCUACAUUACUUGUGAAAUCUCGGGUGAAUGAGGACUGUGUUUCUAUGCCACGAGCCUGCAGAAAAGCUGAGGGUGAGCCUGACGUGGUAGACAUGCUCAGGCUGCAUUCCCUGUCCCUGCUGGGUCACACAGUGAAGCUAGGAACACCUGAUGGCAGCCAAAAUGCCAGCUAGAUUCCCAGCCUCUGCCUGGGUCACAAGCGUAACCUCUGGGUCAGUGUAAAUCAAGGUCCAACGUGACCAAGUAGGAAAGUGGCCUGGCUGAAUCCACAAUAAGGGAGUGGUUAGCAAUUCACCCGUCCUGUUCUCUGGGUCUUCACAGCGUGAAUAUGUGAGGAGAGGAAAACAGAAAUACAUCACUAAUUCAGCAUGAUUUCUGGGUCCAUCUUUCCCUGUGAUCCUGAGUUGGGCAGGCAAGAGCAACUGCAGGGCACUCAGAAUGAGGUCCCCAGGGGGCACUUUAUAUUUUCAUACGUCCCCACAACACUAUGGGACAAACUUGAAAAGGUUGAUGACUUCCCCAAGGCCACCACUCUGGUGUAUCGGUGGAAGAACAAAACCCUGUGGCCGCCAGAUCUGAGUGCUGUCUUUUCCAGCAUGCUGCAUGUCUGCUUAGCUAGCAUGGUCAUGGAGUAUGGCAUGACUCAAAGAUUGGAACUUGAGUCUGGCCUAGUCUCUUCAUGUCAAGUUUCAACUUACUCUUGCUACUUGUGCACAAACAUAGACAUAUAAACACAUACAGACACAUACACAGAUACACACAGGCACACACACACAGACUUACAGAAACACACAGAGACAGACACACACAGACACAAACACAUACAGAU